ACCAUGUCGGAUACGCGGCGGCGCGUGAAGGUGUACACGCUCAACGAGGAGCGGCAGUGGGACGACCGCGGCACGGGGCACGUCGCGUCCACCUACGUGGAGGAGCUCAAGGGGAUGUCGCUGCUGGUGCGGGCCGAGGCCGACGGAUCACUACUCCUGGAAUCAAAGAUAAAUCCAAACACUGCAUAUCAGAAACAACAGGAUACAUUAAUUGUUUGGUCAGAAGCUGAAAACUAUGAUCUGGCUCUAAGUUUUCAGGAAAAGGCUGGUUGUGAUGAGAUCUGGGAAAAAAUCUGUCAGGUUCAAGGUAAGGAUCCAUCAGUGGAAGUUACACAGGACCUCAUUGAUGAAUCAGAAGAAGAAAGAUUUGAAGAAAUGCCUGAAACCAGUCAUUUGAUUGACCUGCCCACAUGUGAACUCAAUAAACUUGAAGAGAUUGCUGAUUUAGUUACCUCAGUUCUCUCCUCGCCUAUCCGUAGGGAAAAGCUGGCACUGGCCUUGGAAAAUGAAGGCUAUAUUAAAAAACUAUUGCAGCUUUUCCAAGCUUGUGAGAACCUAGAAAACACUGAAGGUUUACACCAUUUGUAUGAAAUUGUUAGAGGAAUCUUAUUCCUAAAUAAGGCAACUCUAUUUGAGGUAAUGUUUUCUGAUGAGUGUAUCAUGGAUGUCGUUGGAUGCCUUGAAUAUGACCCUGCUUUGGCACAGCCAAAAAAACAUAGAGAAUUCUUGACCAAAACUGCAAAGUUUAAGGAAGUUAUUCCAAUAACAGACUCUGAAUUAAGGCAAAAAAUACAUCAGACUUACAGGGUACAAUAUAUUCAGGACAUCAUUUUACCCACACCAUCCGUUUUUGAGGAGAAUUUUCUUUCAACUCUUACAUCUUUUAUUUUCUUCAACAAAGUUGAAAUCGUUAGCAUGUUGCAGGAAGAUGAGAAGUUUUUGUCUGAAGUUUUUGCACAAUUAACAGAUGAAGCUACAGAUGAUGAUAAACGGCGUGAAUUGGUUAAUUUUUUCAAGGAAUUUUGUGCAUUCUCUCAGACACUACAACCUCAAAACAGGGAUGCAUUUUUCAAAACUUUGGCAAAGUUGGGGAUUCUUCCUGCUCUUGAAAUUGUGAUGGGCAUGGAUGAUUUGCAAGUCAGAUCAGCUGCUACAGAUAUAUUUUCUUAUCUAGUAGAAUUUAGUCCAUCCAUGGUCAGAGAGUUUGUAAUGCAAGAAGCCCAGCAGAGUGAUGAUGAUAUCCUUCUCAUUAAUGUAGUAAUUGAGCAAAUGAUCUGUGAUACUGAUCCUGAGCUAGGAGGUGCUGUUCAGUUAAUGGGACUUCUUCGCACUCUGAUUGAUCCAGAGAAUAUGCUUGCUACAACUAAUAAAACAGAAAAAAGUGAAUUUCUCAAUUUCUUCUACAACCAUUGUAUGCAUGUCCUCACAGCACCACUUCUGACCAAUACAUCUGAAGAUAAAAGUGAAAAGGAUAAUGUUGUUGGAGCUAACAAAAGCAACACAGUUUGUCCUGAUAAUUAUCAGACAGCACAGCUGCUUGCCUUAAUUUUAGAAUUACUCACAUUUUGUGUGGAACAUCACACGUAUCACAUUAAAAACUACAUUAUGAACAAAGACUUACUAAGAAGAGUCUUGGUCUUGAUGAAUUCAAAGCAUACUUUCCUGGCCUUGUGUGCUCUUCGUUUUAUGAGGCGGAUAAUUGGCCUUAAAGAUGAAUUUUAUAAUCGUUACAUCACCAAGGGAAAUCUUUUUGAACCAGUAAUAAAUGCUCUUCUGGAUAAUGGAACUCGGUACAAUCUAUUAAAUUCUGCUGUUAUUGAGUUAUUUGAAUUUAUAAGAGUGGAAGAUAUCAAGUCUCUUACUACACAUAUAGUUGAAAACUUUUAUAAAGCACUUGAAUCAAUUGAAUAUGUUCAGACAUUCAAAGGACUGAAGACGAAGUACGAGCAAGAAAAAGACAGACAGAAUCAGAAACUGAACAGUGUACCAUCUAUAUUACGUAGUAACAGAUAUCGCAGAGAUGCAAAGGCCUUGGAAGAGGAUGAAGAAAUGUGGUUUAAUGAAGAGGAAGAGGACGAAGGAAAAACAGUUGUGGCAUCAAUGGAAAAAUCUAAAUCAGAAGAUGAUUUCCCGGAUAGCUAUGAAAAAUUUAUGGAGACUAAAAAAGCAAAAGAGAGUGAAGACAAAGAGAACCUUCCCAAAAGGACAUCUUCUGGUGGCUUCAAAUUCACUUUUUCCCACUCUACCAGUGCCGCUAAUGGAACAAAUAGCACAAACAGUAAAUCUAUAGUGUCUCAGACCCCACCAGCAAGUUCUAAUGGAUCUUCUUCCAAAACAACACACUUGUCUACAUCAGUAACUACCACUAAGGGAAGUUUGGUUGGUUUAGUGGAUUAUCCAGAUGAUGAAGAGGAAGAUGAAGAAGAGGAAACAUCUCCCAGGAAAAGACCUCGUCUUGGCUCUUAAGUGUCUUACUGGGGACCCUGAAGUGUGGUCUUACUGAAAUGCUGCAACUGUUCAAGAGCUGAAAAAUUGGAAUCAGAAAGCUUUCUCACUUGAACUUACAAUUAUACAAGGAGUAGAAAAAGACAGUAACAGUACAUCAUCAAUACCCAAAGUCUGGGAGAUAGCUUCUCAGCAAAGCAGCUCUCAGGUUUGGGGGAGGAAUAAGGUUGAUAAAAUAUUAAUGCAGGGUUGUUCCAGGGAUUAUCUACAAUAGAAACAAGUACAAAACUUCAGUUGCAAACCCAAUAACAUUACUUGUAUAAUGGUGCUGGCCAUAUUGUUCUUUUAUUCAGUUGCCUCUUUUUAAAAUAAAAUUUUAUAGUAAACCAAUUCAGCUAUCAUAAAUUGAAGUUACACUGUUGGGACCAUUACUUUGAGGAUUUAAUAGAAAUUCAACCAUAAGUAGUUGGAGGAAAAGUACACCCUGUAUUACAGCACAUGUUUAUUUUCUACACCAAGAAUUUUUAGUAUGUAUUCUUGAUGAAAAACAAUUGGAUUAAAAAUGAACUUUGUUACUAAAACUUUAAAAUCAGCACUUUUAAGGAUAAUAUGCCAAGAAUCUAUUAAGUAGUAUUCCAAAAUUAUUUUCUCUAGAAACCUUGGAGUGGAUUGAACAGAAUAUUUUUAAAUGCCUACAAAUACAGUCUUUUGUGAAAGAUACUUUGAAGUCACUUUUUCCUUUGUUUCUCUUUCCAAAGCCGUAGGCAAGUUUUAAAGUAUGAUUCAUAAAAACCAUUCAAAGAAUAGAGCUAAAUAAAGUGGCAUUUAACAUUUAGAAGCCAUUUUGAUCGAGAAACUUACUAUAGUGUCAGAGUCAGUGUGCAGCACAUAAAGUUUUUCCAUAAACAAGGGUGUAAUAUGAAAAAGCUGCUUUUUUUUUAAGGAAUAAAAAGCACAUUCCGUGUACGUAAAUGAGUUUAAAAUAAUUGAGGCAAACAAUAAGUUUUAUUUUUAGAACAGGUUAACUGUAAAUAUUUUAAUGUUAGUUUGCUCAUUUAUGAUCUGAGAUCAUGUGAAAGUGAGAACAACAUCCCCCAGACUACAUCGGGAAAGCAAAAGCUAAGUAUAGUAAUUCCAGCUACAAUCUUCAGAUCACUCUUGUAAUGUGUUAAUGGGUCCAUUUUUCCUGGAAUAGCUUAAAUGAAAGUUUCCCCUGUUUUGGAGAUUUUAUAGUUAAUUUUAAUUUUGGCUAUUGUUUGGAAAAAAUGGGCUGUUUGUGUAGAUAUGAAGUAUAGUUUUUCCAUAAGACAGAUGUUUAUUUUAUAUUAAAAAUACCACUGUACUUGUUUUACACCAUUUGUAUACAUGUGGUGAUAUUAAUGCAGAACUGUAAAAUUCAGGAAUUAAAAUGUGACCCUGUAAUUCUA